CCGGUUACCUUCACUUUUGAUCUGAGCUAUAGGAAAAGCAGAAGCGUCAAGAUCCUGCAUUUGUAUUGCUGUCAUUAACUAGUUUACUUCCAGAAAACAACUGUCGGAUCAUCCUGUUUACGACUUUUGGCUCACUCUUCUAGAAAGUAAUUGGGAAGUGUUCUUCGACACGGAGACGCGAGUGCCAAACCAGAAACUUAUGCAGUGUUUCCAAUUUGCUAUACGUCAUGGCUACUGUCAGCUGGUUGAAUAUAUAUGGAACAGAAUUGGUGACAAUACAAGGGAAUAUAUAGGUCUUCUCCAAUGGCGUUCGCUUUGUUUUCGCACAAGAGAUAGGGACACAAUGCGCUUUCUCUGCACCAGAUUAUGUGCGAUGAAUCCGGUGGGAGUGGCUAGGAUCUCAUGGACCGCAUUCUUUGAUACGUUCUACAAUUCAGUCAAUAAUGAGCAGAGUGAUAUCGUAGUGGAACACAAAUUUCGAAAGCGCUUGGAGUUUUUGAUCGAAAAUUGUUGUCCUGAACUUAGGAAGCGUCUGUUGAAUAUGGAAAACUUCAGGUGAGU